CAUGGGCCAAUGCAACCAAUACGACUGAAGCGUACAAGCGAUUGCUGGAGGAGACAAGAAUAUUAAGAGUGAAUGAAUGCGAGAAUUAUAGACCCAGGUAACAAAAAAAAGUAAAUGUUGAGUGAGUGAGUGACUGACUGAAUGUACCCACACCAGGGGUAUGCCGGGUGACAAUUUCAAAAUAUUUAGCCUCUCCGGUCAUCAUGGUGCUGUCUUUCUAAUCACAUGCCCCCCUAGAUGGAUCACCAGAGGUGGUCUUUCCCGUGUUUAUUCUGUUAGAAAAUCUCUGGGGCUGGGGGCUCUAUGUUGAGCAUAUCUGAUUUACUCUUGACCAUAUUCACUACCACUAGGUUUUGGUGAUGUGCUGCUGGCCUCCUAGUACUGUUCGUUGAAGUUGAGUCCGCUCCUCUAGUGUGGCCUGUAUGAAUUGCCUACCUCCUAAGGAGGUACUGCAUUACUGGAUGGCCAAAUAGGUUGACUACAAACACGUAUAGCUACACAAGAGGCACCAUGACAUGACAUGCCCUAUUGAUUUCACAAGAAAUCAGAGCACCAAAAUAGAGGUGCGAAGGCUUCGACUGGAAAUCUCUAAGAAAAAGAGACAACAUCGAACGCGAAGACUUACGUGAAGCCCACGAAAGAGGAGUCGAUGCUCUGAGGACACUGGAAGAGAGCUACAAAAAUUACGAUAAAAACGAACAGUAGACGAGCACUCACGAUGUAGUUUGGUUCAUCGGUAAAGAUAUGUAUAUUCUAAUCGACUAGAUGAAGCCCUGCUUGUUAGUUUUCUACCUGUUACUUUUUCUUUUUACUCAUACUCUGACUCUCCUGAAAGACUCAGCGUCUUCUAUCCUACUGACCCGCUCAUCUCACACUUACUCAUACUCUGACUCAGCGUCUCCCCCCGACUUCUUUGUAUGCCUCUGGAGGUACUCAGUGACCUGAGUUUGAUUACCAGGAUUCUCUUCUAACCCUCCGCAACAAAGCAAGCCGAAAGCAAUACCAAAGCACGUGGGAGGGACACUCUUGAAAAACAGCUGCAUAAUGCAACCCGGGAUUACAAUAAUAGUGCUAGAAGAAUCCGCCAGAUCGAGACAGACGAAAAAUAUAGAGUGAUUAAGGCUGCAGAUCAUAAUGCGUAA